UCUUGUAAAUUAAAAAGUACUUGAAAGAAAAACAAAAAACUGAAAGUAAAAAUCCAGCAUUUGCCCUGAAAGCAACACAGCAGCUGCAUUAGAGCCCAACUAUCGGCUGCAGACAGACGCAAGCUUUUUCAGGACGGGGAGCAGAGGUACUGAGAAGAUCCAAAAUGAGCAGACCGGGUCAGGACGACAAAAGUUACGACCGAAGAGACACGACGCUGAAAUUCGUCAACAGACCUGAUGAUCUGGAUCCGAUGCCCCCUGAGGAAGGAGACCAGGGUCUCCGAGCGGAAAUGUCCUGCGGUCAUGCUGUCACUCCGCAGUCUCUGACUGGGUGGUGUCGCAGCCUGCUGGAUCAGGGCCAGUACAAAUUUAAGUGCCCAGCUCUACAGGAUGGCACUCUGCAGCAGUGUGGUGCUCUGUGGUCUUAUGAGGAAGUGCGCCGUCUGGCCGUCCUGACCGCUGAAGAAAUGCAGCACUUUGAAGAGAACAUGGCCCGUCUGGCAGCUGCAGAGUACUGUGAUUUUAAAACAUGCCCAGGCUGUAAGUCCUACAUUGAGAGAGAGGAGCUGACUAACCUCUGCGUACAGUGCUUGGUGUGCGUUGAAGAUCAGAAGAAAGAGUUCCAGUUCUGCUGGCAGUGUUUGAAGCCUUGGAAAGGUCCAGCUCCUCGCUCUGAUCGCUGUGACAAUGAUGGCUGCAUCAACCAUGACCUGGAACUGCUCAGGACCUGCAAAACCACCUCCCUUCCUCAGGUGGAGGGGGUUGAUGCCUGUCCGUCCAUCCGGGCCUGUCCCACCUGUGGACAUAAGGUGGAGCACGACAAGACGGGCUGCAAGAACAUCAUCUGUCCUCGCUGCCAGGUGGAGUUCUGCUUUGUGUGCCUGAAGCUCACUCCUGAGUGUCUGAAGACCAGUUCCUACUUCAUCCCCUGCCGUGAUGGUGUGGCUCCCAGACAGACAGCCAUACCUGUGUGGCACAGAAACUAAAAGAACACAAACUAACUUACGAUUAGUAAAAUUAAAAACUGUUCCAGGUUUUCUUGUUUACGUUCAUUACCAUAGUAUGUGUUGUUCUGUUUGAUCUUAUAAGUAGCUUUUCAAAAAGACCUGCUUUUGUGUCCUUUAAAACGAAUAAAGUUCAUUUUAAACAGA